AUGACAGUACCUCGUAUUAAUACAGCGACGGAGUUUGUUUCGACGGAUGUGCGGAUGUGCGUUCGGGCUGACGAAACGUGCUUCCAAGGCAGUCAAGCAUCCGGAGCGUUCCUCCUCGCAACAACCUACAGGAAUGGGAACGCACAUUGCCGCGGCACGAUACAAAUCCUCUUCGGAGCAGAAGCAGCAGACGCAUACAAGGACGCGAUCGCAGAUGAUAAAGCGAGGGCAGACUCGGCCGAUUUCGUUCUGUGGGCUCUGGAGGAUUGGCAUAUGCGAACAGUUAAUCGAUGUGAUCCCACGACUUCUUUCCAGCAAAGUUCGUACCGAUUGAACUUGAACCUCUACGAAAUAGCCUAGUGGCUUUCCGAAUUAUAGACCGACCUUUGAGAAGUAAGAGCGAGGUUGUCGCAAAUAGAUAA